CUUAUAUUAUAUAAUGCUUGAACUAAUGACAACUGGACCUAUUAAUCCAAAUCCAAACCCCAUUGACAAGGCAACAGCAGAAUUGGUUGAUGCCGUCGCCACCGCGGUUAUUCACAGUGACGGUGCCAAACAAGCCUCCGCUGGUGCCGCUAACGGCGGCGGGGCCUCCACUGGCGAAUUGGGUUGCUGCGCAGACGUUUCCGGCUUGGAUUACGUUGUUGUUAUCGAACAAUGGUGA